CACAGUGGAUUUGUACUGUUGCUGGUCGUGGUCACUACCGUGUUUGGUUCUAUGAAGGAAACACCACAGCAGAUCAUUAACAAAUACAACAACUACAGGACAAUCUGUACUGGACUUGGAUAUCAGAACCUAAGCUGCAAAGCUGACAACAAAGGGAAAAGAUCAAUUGCUUUUCAAUCGUCACUAAGCAGUGACUUGGAGAACAUAGGAAAUCAACAGACAGUGAUAUUUGACAGGGUAACCUUGAACGAAGGAAAAUGUUAUGAUAAAAAGACUGGUGUGUUUACCGCCCCUGAGGAGGGUGUGUUUACCUUCAGCUGGACAAUGAUGUCAAAGGCAGGUAAAUAUUUUGUCAGUGAGAUAGUACACGACGGCAAACUCAUUGCAUAUAACCACUCUGAUGGAAGAGGUCUCACUGGUUAUGUUACGUCAUCAAAUACUGCCAACAUCAAAAUGAAGAAAGGACAAAAAGUAUGGAUUAGAGCCCACAGAAGCUUCGGCCAAUUUGCCAAUGGUGGAUAUUGGUGUAAUUUUUCCGGAAAUAGGUUAUAA